AUGGCUAAAGUACAUGAUAAAUGUGACACACACAAAUUAGCAUUGGCUAAAUAUAAAGGGUGGUGUAAUUCUAAAAUACAAGGCAGUGUUACAACUAUGAUUGACUCACAAAUAAGAGUUGAAGUUGCAAAAAAUAGGACAAUGUUAAAAAGUUUAAUAAGGUGUGCCAUAUAUUGUGCUAGGCAAGAUAUUGGUUUGCGAUUACAUUCUGAAACAACUGAAAUCCCUGAAAUUGUGAAUAAUGAUAUUGCAACAGAAAACAAAGGACAUUUUGUAGAGCUUGUAAAGCUAUUAUGUAUUGAAAGUCAAACAUUUUGUUCAGCUUAUGAAGCGUUACCAAAGAAUGCAAAAUACACUAGUAAAAUAAUUCAGAAUGAUAUGAUAAGUGCAGCUUCAACAGUGAUUGCUCAGUCUAUUUUAAAAGAAGUACAAGAAGGUAGUAAAAUAUUCAGCUUAAUUGUUGACGAAGCCAGAGACGAUGCAAAGUUAGAGCAAAUGAGUAUUUGUAUUCGGUAUGUACAUAAUUCAGUGAUAAAGGAAAGGUUUUUAGGAUUUGUUGAACUCAAAGAAUUAAAUGCUAAUGCCCUAAGCUGUAAUAUUAAAUUAUUUUUGAAUAAUUUUGGACUAGAUUUGAGUAACUGUGUAAGUCAGUCUUAUGAUGGAGCAUCAGUUAUGUCUGUUUUAGUUGACGUUUCAAGAAAGGUAGAAGUACAUGAUACUAUAGGUCUCUUGGAAGCAGUAUAUGCAUUUCAGUCAUCAUCAACACUAAGGUAUCAAGUAUUUUUUGAUAAAACUGGGUCGAAAGUCUCCAUGCACUGUGACACACGUUGGGUAUCAAAAUUUAAAAGUAUUCGUUACUUUAUAAACAACUUUACAUUAGUAUUAACAGCAUUAAAAGAGUGCACUGAAAGUUCAAAAUCUAAGGAAGCUGCUGAAGCUAAGGGUUUACUAAUUCAAAUGAAUUCUUUAAAAACUAUUGUGUUACUUUUUUGUUUGGAUUAUAUUUUGUCUUUAGUAAAUAUUCUAUCAUUAAACUUACAGACAACAACACUUGACUAUAGCCGUUGUGCAAAAUUGAUCAAAUCCACUAUGGAACAAUUGAUCAAUUUAAGUACUAGUAGAAAAGAAAAACAAAACAUGUCCUCUAAUGAUACAGAAAAUGAAUUUAAAAAAGUCUUUUUCCAGAUUUUAGAUAAUAUGAAUAAUGAAAUGAUUUAUAGAUUUACCCAAAACAAUGAAAUAUUGAAUUAUAUCCAUGCAAGUGACCCCAAAUCAAAAGUAUUGAAGAACCAGUGUCUGAUUGGAAAAUCUUUAUUUUUGGAUAAUUUAACAUUAUCUGACCUACAUCAACAAAUAAGCAACUACGUUGAGACUUUUGGCCAUGUAAAAAAAAUAAUUGAAUUGGUCAUGGCCAUUCCUGUGUCUUCAGCUAGUGCAGAACGCAGUUUUUCCACCAUGCGCCGUGUUAAGACAUAUUUAAGAUCGACUAUGAAGAGUUCACGAUUAAGUAGCCUUACACUUUUAUCAAUUGAUUUUGAAAACUCAGAUAAAUUAUUAAAAGAUCCAACUGCUGUUCUUGAAGUGUUUGCAAGCAUGAAAAACAGAAGAAUACAAUUUCAAAUUUAG